CAUCCCCCACAAAUUCAAAUAGACAUCAUCAUCGAUACUAAAACCCCAUAAACAAAGAAAAGCAACAGAGUAAAAAGCAAACAACGAUAGAAAACAAACAAAUGUCGAAGAUGAGAUCGGAUCGCAAACCUCCACUUGCUGCUGCUGGCUCUCCUAUGCGCCUUCGUCCUCGCCGCGUUCUACGCUCCACUCCAUGCACCGUCCAAACUCCACCCGGUUCUUUAACGAAAACCCAAUUGCCGAUUCGUUCUUGGGACCUCGAAGAACCGGAGCUUCGUCCAGAAUACCGUACGAUUUCUUGCGAAUUACAAGCUUUGGCGAAGAUGGUGCAGAGCGAAUUUGGAAACCCUAGUUUGGGUAUUGCCGGAUUUGCAGACCCUGUUUCGACUCCUCUGUUCGAGAGAGGUAGGUUUUACGAUGAGUACUCUGCGAGAAGGAAUGAGAGGUUGAAGAGAAAGAAGGGUGAUACAGGGGAUGAGAAGAAGAGCAGUGUGUAUGAUCUGGGUGUGAAGGUCGGAUCGGUGGCGAAGAGGAGGGACUCGAAGAGGUUCGAGGGGUUGAGGCAAUCGGUACCCUCUACUCCGGUGACUGAGCGGAGUGAGAACCCGAGGUAUUUGCUGAGAAGCAGUACCAGAAAGGAAAAUCAGAAACCGCCUUUGCCAGUGAAUGCUGAGAAAUCUGUGGGCGUUGGCGAUCGGAAAAUCGGAGCCAGAAGGGUUUUGAGAAAAUGAAUUUUCUCAAGUGGGUUCAUGGGGAAAGUUAUGGUAGUAUAUAGUUUUUCCUCUGUUUUUUUUGGGUGAAUUGGAUUUGUGUUACUUUUGGUUAGUUUGUAUGUUCUCUCUGAUUCUGGUUUUUGCUAGCAUUUGUUUGAAUGGGAAAUUAGGCACCUAAGUGGUUCAGAAUAUUUGAAUUACAGAGAUGUUUUCUAACAAAAUUACUAUAUUUUGGUUAUGGGAAUUUGGAGUCAUAUGCUCAUCAUGGCUUAAAUUAAUUGAUGGUAUAUGGUUGAUUC